AUGCGGGGCGGCGGCGGCUCGGGGGAUGGUCCCCGCCGCAGGCACGCCAGCAUGGAGCAGCGAGCGUGGCCAUCAGAGCCGAGACCUGCAGGACCCACCACAUACCUGCAGCCCAAGGAAGGGACUCUGUGGGGGUUCCUCACCAUCCUCUCGCUGCUGGCUGGGCUGGCUGCAGGCACCCCACGAAUGCCACACUGCAGUGAGACACUGGAUGCAGCCCCAACAUCGCAGAGUACUGCUGUGGAGGGUGGCACAGAGGUACCUCUUCCCACUGCCUGGAGCCAGCUGUAUGGGGACAACAUGACAACAGGUGGCCCGGGUGCUGUUGAGCUGGCUGAGAACGUACUGCUACGUGCUGAGCGCUCAUCACCAGGUACUGGCAAAGCCAAGAAGGGGACACGGAAACCCUCACGAGGGGCCCGUGGGCGCAACUGCCACAUCCGCAACCUGAUGGUGAAGGUGCGUGACCUAGGCCUGGGCUUCAACUCGGACGAGAUCGUGCUUUUCAAGUACUGCAGUGGAUCCUGCCACCGGACACGCAGCAACUAUGACUUGACGUUGGGCAGCCUGCUGCGGCAGCAGCUCAUCACCCCAGGUCCACAGGAGAGGGUCCUCAGCCACCCCUGCUGCCGGCCCACCCGCUAUGAGGCCGUCUCCUUCAUGGAUGUGCAGAACACAUGGCAGACAGUGGAGAAGCUUUCGGCAGCUGAAUGCAGCUGCAUUGGCUGA